AUGUCUCUCUUCGCCCACCUCAAGACUCCCCACACGGGCGAGUACGAGCAGCCUCUCGGCCUCUUCAUCAACAACGAGUUCAUCAAGGGUGUCGACGGCCAGACCUUCGAGGUCCUGAACCCCGCCACCGAGGAGGUCAUCACCUCCGUCCACGAGGCCACCGAGAAGGAUGUCGACAUUGCUGUCGCCGCGGCACGCAAGGCCUUCGAGGGCGACGAAUGGAGACUGAUGACUCCCGAAAACCGCGGCAAGCUUCUGAACAAGCUUUCGGUGAAGUUUGAGGAGAACAUUGACCUGCUGGCUGGCAUCGAAUCCCUGGACAACGGCAAGGCCAUCUCCAUGUCCAAGAACGACGUGUCCAUGGCAGCGGGCUGCCUGAGGUACUACGGCGGCUGGGCCGACAAGAUUGAGGGCAAGAUUGUCGACACCCACCACGAGAUGUUCUCGUACACGAAGAAGGAGCCCAUUGGUGUCUGCGGUCAAAUCAUCCCAUGGAACUUCCCCCUCCUGAUGUGGGCAUGGAAGAUUGGCCCUGCCAUUGCCACCGGUAACACCAUCAUCCUCAAGACUGCUGAGCAGACUCCUCUAUCGGCCCUCCUCGCUGCCCGCCUCAUCAAGGAGGCUGGCUUCCCUCCGGGAGUCAUCAACGUCAUCUCCGGUUUCGGCAAGGUUGCUGGCGCGGCCAUUGCCUCGCACAUGGACAUUGACAAGGUCGCUUUCACCGGUUCGACCAUGGUCGGUCGUCAGAUCCUCAAGGCCGCUGCCGGCUCCAACCUGAAGAAGGUGACGCUCGAGCUGGGCGGCAAGUCGCCCAAUAUUGUCUUCGAGGACGCCGACAUUGACAACGCCAUCUCGUGGGUCAACUUUGGUAUCUUCUUCAACCAUGGCCAGUGCUGCUGCGCCGGCUCGCGCAUCUACGUCCAGGACACCAUCUACGACAAGUUCCUGCAGCGCUUCAAGGAGCGCGCGCAGCAGAACGCUGUCGGCGACCCCUUCGACCACAGCACCUUCCAAGGCCCUCAGGUUUCGCAGCUCCAGUUCGACCGCAUCAUGAGCUACAUCGAGCACGGCAAGGAGGCCGGCGCCACUGUCGAGACUGGCGGCAAGCGCCGCGGUGACAAGGGCUACUUCAUCGAGCCCACCAUUUUCUCCAACGUCACUGAGGACAUGAAGAUCAUCCAGGAGGAAAUAUUCGGCCCGGUUUGCACCAUCAGCAAGUUCAAGACCAAGGAAGACGUGAUUCGCGUUGCCAACGACUCGACGUUCGGUCUGGCUGCUGCCGUGCACACCAAGAACCUCAACACCGCCAUCGAGGUGUCCAACGCCCUCCGCGCCGGCACCGUCUGGGUCAACUGCUACAACAUGCUGCACCACCAGCUUCCCUUCGGUGGAUACAAGGAGUCGGGUAUUGGCCGCGAGCUUGGCGAGGCCGCGCUGGAGAACUAUGUCCAGACGAAGACGGUCAGCAUCCGCCUGGGCGACGCGCUGUUUGGCUAAACGCGCGCACGAGCCGAAUCGGAGGGACGAUACGAGGCGCUGUGAUACCAAAUUGUGCGCCGAGGGCGCUGCUGCUAUUGCGUGGGUGCAUAUGGUUGCAUGCUUUUUUUAUGGCUUUUUCUUUUAGCAGGGGAUAUACCUACGACCGAAUGAACGAACAAACAAAUAAACACACGGAAAGAAGGAAGGAGGGGACUGGCCGACCCGAGCAAUCAGGCAGGCAAAGCAAGGAAAGCGCUGCGCCGCUGAUGAGUGUGGUGCGAGGGGACAGGAUAUGUUGUAUGGCUGUACUGUACUCUAUCUACACAUUAGGAUGCGCUUGCUGCAGACUUGCUUGGCUUCCUUUUUACCACCACCGAAUGUAUAUACAAUGCGCGCGCGAGCGCUUGGAAUGCAUAUCCAAAUCCACCAUCAAGAAAAAAGAAGAGUGCUUGUCAAUGUCCGCAGAAGCUGUCAACUGUAAUAGUUAAUUGUCACACCACGGCCGCCC